AUGUUGGAAGCCUACACUUUUCAAGUCUUCAUAGGCUUUCCAGCAAUCACUGUGAAUCACAGUUUCCGACUUGACGUAAUAUUUAUUUCGUGCACUGAUACUGAGAUACAACAAUGGCCGAUCAGAAAAUUGUUAGUAAAAAAGCUAAAGCUCGUUCUUGACAAUAAAACCAAGCCGCGAAACAGCGUUGACACUAAAGUAGAAAGCAGGCGGUCGCUGGCGCGUUACUCUAGUGGAGAGGAGUCCGAUUUAGACGCCACAAAUUCCAAGGAGAAGCGCGGGCGACGUGCCACCACUGGCGGGUCCAUGCUACCGCCAACGAGCAAUAAGACUCGUCGAUUACCCGUUAAAAAGGAUUCUCCCGUCAAACGUGACUCCGACAAAGGUUCAGAAUCGGAAGAAGAAAAAUCUCCGGUGCGAAUACGUGAAAAAGUUGAAACUGUCACGACGCGUCACAUCAAACGCACGUACACAAAUGAUCAAGAUGAUUACGAAACCGGCUCUGAUAGUGAUGUUGACAGCGACAAGAAAACAAAUACAUCAUUUAGAAGCAACUCUAGGGAGCAAGUUAGCUAUGCAAAGGAUCUUUUAAAAGUCAUACACCCAGAGCUCACGUCCAGAAUAGCUUCUUACAAAUGUGGAAAACCAGGAGUUAUGCCGCACCUAACAGAAAAAGAAAUCAUUGACAUUGCCAGUGCUAGAGCUGAGACUGUUGAUAUUAGUCAAUGUCGUACAGAUCUGAACAAUUUGCAAGUUUUGAUUGUGAACAACCCUAGAUGGGGACUGUCCGUUGUACAAUUAAAAAGUCUAUAUACAAAAGAUGUUGAGCACACACCUCUUACUGCCAUGGAAAAUGUUGUACAACAACGUAAUAAAGGCAGUGUGGCCUUAACACUUACAGAUCCAUCUACACCCAUAUCUUGUUUGUUUGUUAAUACUUUGUACUCUGCUGGAUCAACUUUUAUAGUGGUAGGACUUAUGGGUGUCAUAAUUCUCGGAUUACAACGACUCUACAAGUACUAUGUUGGAUAUCAGAAAAAGAAAAACGAAGAGAUCUACUCUAUGGUAGAGCAGAUAAUAGAUAUCAUAUCUCAAGAGACAGAGGACAGUGGUGAGCCCUACAUAUCAGUCGACCAUGUUAGGGACACAUUGAUUUCCCCACAAAACAGGGAGAAGAUGGCAUCAACUUGGGAUGCAGCUGUUAAAUUCAUCCAAAAAAACGAAAGCAGAGUGCGAAUGGAGGUCCAAUCGGUUGAUGGUGAAGACUGCAGAGUAUGGAGAUGGAUAUCACCACAUGGGAGCCCAAAGCGCAGUGCAGCUUGGCAGGGUCAAGCUUUUGAAACGCAAGAAGGUUCUGUUAAUAAUCUUACGGUCUCUCCGACCCCUUGCCUUAAAAUCCGCCAUAUGUUUGACAAAAACGACACAAACCCAAACUUGAGAGCAGUCAUUCAGGAUGCGAUUCUAGAAAAAUGCGGUGACCGAUGCAACAUUCUGCAUAUUGAUAUAGAAAGGACUUCAUGUUGCGUUUAUGUCAAAUGCGCAACGCCCAUAGAUGCAGGAGUCGUUUAUAGAAGUUUACAUGGAUGGUGGUAUGAAGGCAGGCUUAUAACUGUAAAAUACCUUCGUUUAGAGAGAUACAUGCAGAGGUUCCCUAAUUCCCCAUCGAUGGGACCAUUCCUUAAGCCUUCUCGUCAAAGGCGUUUAUGGGAGGAA